AUGGACGACGCGCCGACUGUCCUUGACACUUCCCCUUCCUCACCUCUUCUUCCCAAUGGCACCCACAAUAUUCAACCUGACGCGUCAAAGCCUGUCCCCGUUGUCAAUGGCGUGGACCACCAGAAUGAAGACCCCACAACCCCGAUCUCAAAUAUUGUCGCGUCGGAGCCAAAGAUUGAGGUGGAUAUGUCAGAGCAACAACUAAAUGGUGAUAGUCAAGAGCCUGUUUCACCAGUUCAACUUAUCAACGGGACGAACGGCAGCCUGAAAAUGGAGGAAAUCGAAGACCACUCUACCCCAGGCGAUCCACCACCGCCUUCCUCCAACAGUACAUCACACCCCUCACCCGCAGACGAUGAUGACCAGCCACCACCUGCUAAGCGACCGCGCAUUCUUUCAGAUGCAGACCAAGCUUCAUUCGCUAAUUCGGCGACGCCUCCCCCACCGUCAGCCGAGUCCAAACCACCCCUCGACCUGCCUCAAUGGAGAUUCUGCAUCUCCACCAUUCGCAGCCUGAAAAAGCUGAAGGAUUCUCCCCCCUUCCUUCACCCCGUCGACCCAGUUGCCCUUCAAAUACCCCACUAUCCCACAAUUGUUCGUAAUCCUAUGGACCUUAUGACCAUCGAGCGCAAACUCGUCUCCUCCAACCCCGCUAAACCAGACCCCAACCCCGAGAAUCCCCGCUACCUCACCACUGACGACUUUGUCGCUGACGUGCGGCUCAUCGUCAAAAACUGUAUUCUUUUCAAUGGCCCUGAGCACCCAAUUACGGCCAUGGUUCGUCGCGUUGAGGAGGUAUUCGACAAGCAAAUAAAGAACAUGCCGUUACCUGUAGAGGCUAAACCCAUUCCCGUUAAGAAGCCAACACCGCCUCCCGCUGCGCCGACUGCUUUGCCUCAAAAAAAGGCUCAACCCCCUCGACAGAUAGCUGGGCGACCGAAGCGAGAAGUUCACCCUCCACCCCCCAAGGACCUUUCUUACGCAGACGGCCCCAAGAAAGUGCGGAAGACAAGACACGUCAAAGACGAUGGGACCUCAGAACAACUCAAGUUUUGCGGCAGUAUGCUCACUUUGCUGCAUCGCAAGCAAUAUUUCCCUUUCGCUGUUCACUUCUAUGAGCCCGUGGAUCACAUCAAACUCGACCUGCCUGCCUAUCCCAAAAUCGUCAAAAAGCCCAUGGACUUGUCGACGAUGCGCAAGAAGUUGGAUGAGGGCGAAUAUCUGAAUGCACAGAAGUUUCAUGAUGACUUCAAGCUCAUGAUCCGAAAUUGCUUCGCUUUCAAUCCGUCGGGCACGCCAGUUCACCAAGCGGGCAUCGAAGUCCAACGUGUGUUUGACGAAAAGUGGCAAAAUCUUCCUCCACUCCAUGACAUAAGCGAAGACGAGGAUGAGGAUGACGAAACUGAAGACGAGGACGCCCAGCGUAUUGCCAUGAUGGAGAGUCAGAUCGAAGCCAUGCGCGGCAACAUCCAGGCGCUCAAGUCGAAACCCAAAAAAGAGAAGAAGAAACACGAGAGCCGAGAUCGAGCUGCUUCUUCGUCAUCUAAGCCUAGUAAACCACCCAAGACGUCAUCGUCGUCGUCCAACAAGAAAAAGAGCAAGAAAGUUGUGACGGAAAACGAUGUCCUUACCUUUGAACAAAAGAAGGACCUGAGCGAGGCGAUCGCGCAGUUGGAUGGACCCAAGCUGGAGCGGGUAAUCAAGAUCAUACACGAAGGUGUCCCUGAAAUUAAGGACAGCACGGAGGAAAUCGAGUUAGAGAUCGACCUGUUACCAACGUCUGUCCUAACGAAGCUGUACAACUUCGUUCUACGGCCACUUCGGGCACCGCCAACCACCAAACGUAGUCGGCCAGGCAAGGGGACAGGUACUGGCGGGUUGAAGCGGAAGAGUAUGGACGAGGAUGUAGAAGCGGAGAAGAUUCGUAUGCUUGAAACUCGGAUGGCAUUGUUUGAGCAACCCGGGAAUGGGGCCGUACCGGCUGGUGGUGGAGGCCAUUCAUCAGAUGACUCAAGCUCGGGUUCAGACUCGUCAGGAAGCGAUUCCGAAUGA